AUGCCUAAAUACUCAAAAAUAUGGAAAUACUUUGAAAAAGCAAAGGACAGUGACCCAAAAUGUAAGAUUUGUUUAAAAUUGGUUAAAUCUACCAACAACACCUCAAACUUAAUGGCACAUUUGAAGAAUAAACAUGGAACACUUUACGAUCAACUAUACAAUAUUGAAGACACUAGUCAAAAUAAAAUUGACAACUUAUUAGAAGAAGUGAAUUCAACUAAAAAUGGUAGUUUGAGCAACAACAUAACAAUGAAAAUUAUUUGGUGGCUAAUUUGGAAUGGUCAUCCAUACAGAAUUUGUGAACAGAGAGGGUUUAAAGAAAUGUUACAUUCACUUAAUAGGAAUUAUUCACCUCCAGGAAGAAAUAAAAUACAGCAAAUGAUCGGAGAUUUAUAUGAAACAAAGAAGAUGCAGCUUCACCAUUUUUUAUCUACUGUUAAAGGCUAUUCCAUUACAUCUGAUGGUUGGAAAGAUGUAUCAAAUCAAGUGUCAUUUCUUGGAAUCACGAUUCAUUUCAUUGAUAACUAUAAAUUAUUUAGUGUUUGUGUCAAAGCCGAUCAAAUUGAUACAUCGAAUGCAGAUAAUAUAUCCAAGAUGAUAACCGAUGUAAUUGAUGAAAUUGGUGUUAGUAAAGAUACUUUGAUGGCAAUAACAACCGAUGGUGCUUCAAAUUAUACCAAAGCAGCUAGAAGUAUUGGUAGUCACAUACACUGUAUUGCCCAUCAGUUAAAUUUAAUUGUUGAGGAUGGCCUUGAAAACAGUAUUAUCUUGUCACAAAUAGUCCAUCGAGUUAGAGAAAUAGUAACUGCAUUCAAACGAAGUUCAGUAUUAAUGACACAUUUAAUGAAUCUACAAUCUGAAAGGGAUGAAGUGCCUCUAAAAGUCAUUCAAGAUGUGCCAACUCGUUGGAAUUCUACUUUCCAUAUGAUCCAACGCUAUUUACAGUUACAUAAGGAAAUUUCCAUUGUGCUUAUAGAACAUGGUAAAAGGGACAUAGAUCUGUCUGAUGAUGAUAUCAAAGUCAUCAGCGAAAUCGCUAAAAUUUUACAGCCUUUCGAUGAGAUGACUAGUGAUAUUUCUGGAGAGAAGUAUAUUACAAUCUCUCGCAUUAUCCCGUUGGUUAAUAUCAUAAAGAAUAUCAUUACAAAAAUAUCAUUGAGUGAGCAUGUAGCUAAAAGUUUGGUGAUUAGGUUACUAAAUGGUAUUGAUAAACGGUUUGGCUACAUUGAGAGAGAUACUUUAUUUGCUUUUGCUACAUUAUUGGAUCCUCGGUUCAAAAAAAUUGAUUUCAGUUCUACCGUCGAUUGUGAAAAUGCUGUCAAAAAAUUGAAUAGUCUUCUGGGUGAAGUUGAUCUUACUCAAAGACCGCCAGAACCUGAAACUGAUCAUGAUAUUUGGGCAUUACACAAUAAAAGAGCUAAAUCAGGCACCAAUCCUAAACCUGGAAUCAAUAGUGGUUUGCAACAUUAUUUAGAAAGUGAAGUGAUUCCAUUGCAAUCUGACCCUCUUUUAUUUUGGCUAAAUAAUAAAAUGAAUUGGCCUGAGUUAUAUAACUUAGCCUUGCAAUAUCUAUGUAUUCAACCAACUUCAGUCGCAUUGUCUAAACUGCCACAAACAUUGGAACAGUAUGUUUUCAGUGGCUUUUGGCUUGUCAUUAGUUAUCUUGGAUUCGUUUGUGCCAUGAGCAACACGAUGUUAAUUGGUGGUUUAAUCACAAUUCAAUUGUCUUACUUUUACUGUAAAGCAGCUCAUGUAGCCGGUAAUGUACACAAUCUCGCAUUCAAAAGAGGAACCUCAAAUAGCGUUAACUAUUUACUUGAAUACAAAGCCACCGUUUUUGAGGUUAUACGAUAUCAGAAUGAAAUCGAACAAGUAACUGAUUUAGAAGAUCGACUUUCGCGAACUGACAUUGCAUUCACUGUGGUAUUUGCUAGAAAACAUUUGCCUCAUUAUGAUGUUCAAAGUCAACUUCCAAUGAACUUUCACAAUUGA